AUGGGUCAGAUUGCGACCUCGCCAAUUGUGGCAUCUGCUGCUCCUGUGACUUCUGGAAUGGUACCAGGCGCCUCCGCUGCAGGAGCUCCUGUAGCAGGCGCUCACCUCGGUGCCCAGGUCGGCUCUGUGGCAAUGGGCGCUCCCUUGGCAGGGGCCGCUGCCGUUCCAGGUGGUCUUGUCCAGGGAGCUCCAGUGGCCGCCCCGGUAGCCCACGCCGGUGGCCAGGUUGGCCACGUGGCAAUGGGCGCUCCCCUUGCCGCUCCUAUGGCUCACGGAACUCCAGUGGCCGGUGCUUCAAUGGUCCACGCGGCCCCUGGAGCCCAGGUGGCUCCCGGAACCCAUGUUGCCCCUGGAACAAUGACUGGCCCCCCUGUCGUCGCUGCCCAUUUCGCCGACCAGAAUCCAGCCUCGGCUGGAGCUCCCUUGACGGCCGGCCUCGGAGCGGCCUCAAUUCCAGCUCCAGUGGUCACGCCCAUUAACAUUGCCGCUCCUGUAGCAGGAACUCAUGUAGCAGGAACUCAUGCAGCAGGAACUCACCUCGGCGCCCAGGUCGGCUCUGUGCCAAUGGGCACUUCCUUUGUGCCAGGUACUCCAAUGGCAGGCCUUGGAGCCGCGAUGGCCCCUAUGGCCGGCCCCCAGGCUGGCCACGUGGCAAUGGGAGCUACCCUUGCCGCCCCUUUUACUGCUCCUAUGGCUGGAACCUCUCUCGCGGCCCCUGGAGCCCAGGUGGCCCACGGAACCCAGGUGGCUCAUGGGUCCCAUGUUGCUCAUGGAACCACAGCCGGCGCCCAUGUCGUCGCUGCCCAUUUCGGCGACCUUAAUCCAUCCUCGGCCAGUGUUUCCGUGCCCGCACCAGGUACACAUGUUGCUGCCCAUACUCCCCCGGUAACGGUUCCCUUGACCCCUGGACCCGGGGUCUCGGUGCCUAUCCCUGCCGAAGGAGCACACGCCGGUCAUCUGGCUGGCGCUCCUGUGGCAGGCGCUACUUUAGAUGGCGCUUCUCUGUCCGCUCCUUUGACUGGAGCCCUCGCUGGCCCCGACCAGUCCUCUCCGCUGAACCUCACCAAAAUCAGCCUCGACAUUAACGAGAAGGUAUCGACAGACACAAUUAAAUACAGGCGCGAUGAUCCUAAUAAAACUGACAUCUGGUACGCCCUUGACGGUUACAUAAUUAACGAAAUCCGCGUCGGCAAUAACAAAAGGUGGCCCCCUGAAGGCGAGGUCAAGGAGUGUAAGAAGGUGAUGUUUAUAAUUGACGCCGAGGGCAAGAAGACGCUGAGGGUGAUAUAUCCGGAAGAGGAGGACGCGUAUGACCCGGAUAACCCGCCUGUUAAGACGGGUGCUGACGGUUCAGCUGGUGCCGGUGUUAGCGCUGGGGGUACAGCUGGUGUUAGCGCCGAAGCCAGCGCAGGUUCUGGUGCUCCGGCAACUGUGCUGACUGCCCCAAUGGCCGGUGCGCCUCAUGUGGAUCCAAAUCAGGUUAUUGGAAUGGGUCAGGGAAUGCCGACGUCGGUUACUAUUCCUUUGGCGCCCGAGACCGAUACAGGUGCGGAGAGCGGAACUGACUUAGAAGCUUUACUCUCCGCAACGGACCCAUCUGAAAUUCCCCAGCACCAUAGCCCCCCUGCAUACAAACAAGACCAACAAGGUCAGGUUUAUCUGGAAUUUUCUGUACCCGAUGAUAAAUCUGGUCAAUCCGGUACCACUGCUACUAGCGGAUUUACAGUCGAAGAGAUUCACGCUACUCCCAGACAUGGAAGAACAAUCGAAUAUCAUGACUCCGAUGACGAAACGUUUCCACGUGACCAUUUCGAUGAGUCUCCUCUGGAUAUUACCACCUAUGUCACUCGCGUUGGCCGUCGGGUCGGAGCACUCGAGGAGAGGAUGGACGCAGCCGAAGGCACGAUCAAGCUGUUGACGAUGACGCUGGACUACCAGCACCAGAUCCUGGACUUCAAGAGGGAAUUCGGCGACAAAAAGGCGCCGUUUGGCGCCGACCUUGGUACCAGGGCUAAAUUCGCGGGCGUUACGGGCGGUUUUCCCAGAUUUGGCGCCGACGGGUUCAGGCCGGCCACUUCUCAGAUGUCCAAGGAGCUCGCUGUCACCGAGCACCCCUCGGAUGUUAAGUUGUUGGUGAUAGACCCUAAUGAUGCCACCAAAUUCGUUGACCUCGACACCAACAAGUACAAGGUGAAACAAGAAGGCGACGAGAUCCAUUACUUGUUAGACCCGGGUGUCGAGUGCAAGUUGGUCACAUAUCAGGCCAAGAGCGUGUGGAGUCACCGCAAUUCCGACCCUCACCCUAUUGGCGUUGUUUUUUACCCUGAUGACGACAAGGUCGUGGUCGACUUUGUGGACGCGAUCGUCAUGUACGUGAAGAAGGGUGUUAUGAGUAAGGAGGGCCUUGGUGCGGGCGAACGUGCCCAGGCAGGGCGAAAAGCAGUCGUCGACAUUUCCCUGAAGGAGCUUGACUCAGACGGCGAGGAUAUCACUGAGCUUGUCAGCGCCCAGGAUGUUGCCGACGGCGUGGGAUCAGGUACGUUUGCAGUGGGCGCCCCCGUUGCCAGGGCAUCAGCAAAGCGUGCCCUAGCCAGCGAUUCCAGUGCCCCGUUAGCAGGUGCUCCAGUUGUUGCUAACGGUGUUUCAUCGGGCGUUGUGGCUGAGGGCGUCGUGCCCAGUGAACCUGUCCCCAGUGAGGGCGCCCAUUUAGCCGGUGCAUCGGUUGUGGCUGAUGCAGCUCCGUUAGCCAGUGCCUCUGUUCCAGCUGAGGCCGCCCAGGUAGCCAGUACUCCAUUUGCCGGUGCUCCAGUUGUAGUCAAUGAGGUAGCCCAUGUAGCCGGUACACCCGUUGCCGGUGCCCCGUUAUCAGGUGCUCCCCUUGCAGGUGCACCGGUAGUAGUCAAUGACAUAACCCAGGUAGCUAGCGCCCAUGUUGCCAGUGCCCCUGUUCCAGCUGAGGGCGCCCAGGUAGCUGGUACACCAGUUGCCGGCGCCCCGUUAGCAGGUGCUCCCGUCGCCGGUGCUCCCGUGGCCGGUGCCCCUGUUGUACCGGGUGCGAGUGUUGCAGCUCCUGCAGGACAGCCAGCGGCUGAAACAGCUCUUCCUACAUCUGUACCUGCAGCACCAGCACAACAGGCUUCCGCAGCUCCUAUCGCCCAAGCUCAACCUGCUGCUCAAACUGCAGCUGUACCAAAUCACUCUGCCUCGCCAGUUCCUGCCGGACUGCCAAGCUCUCAAUCCGCUCCUGUAUCAUCGUCUGAAGACCAAUCCGAAGGUGCUCCUACUGUUUAA